AUGGUGCAGCUGCUGCUCGAGCGCGGCGCCAGGCCCGGCCUUCGAUCGACGCGCGGCGGCGUGCAUCCCCUCUAUGCUGCAUGUCUCGAGGGCCACGCCGACGUCGUGCGGGUCCUGCUGUCGAGCGGCGGCGAUGCGGCUGUUGACGUCAACGAGAUCGGCGUCGAGGCCGACGGCAGCACGGCGCUGAUGGGCUGCUGCGAGGGCGGACACACAGCGCUCGCUCGGCUGCUGCUCAACCGCGGGGCCGAUGUGGGGGCGCGCGGGCGGAGCGGCGCAACGGCCCUGUUCUACGCCACCCAGCAAGGACACGACCACCUCGUUCGACUGCUGGCUUCGCACCACCGAUGCGACGUCAACGCUCGCAAGAACGACGGAUCGACCGCCCUCUUCCUGGCGGUUGUGAGCGGACGGGCGGACAUUGUGCGGAUCCUGCUGGCUGCCGGCGCGGACCCGAGCGUGCGAGCGAAGAACGGCGAUACGCCGCUCGACAUCGCCACGAAGCUGCGAUCUUGCUUCCCCGCUGUCUACGAUGCGCUGAUGGACCACAAAGAAGGCACUGGGUGCGUGCCAAUCGGUUCAUCAUCCACAUCAAGGAGCUAA